AUGAUGCCGUGCCGGGCGGACUGCUGCUCUCAUGAAAACGAAGUUGUCGAGGCUCAAUUCGCGGGGUGGGACUCCUGCACCGCGACGCAAGAGGUCCCUGCGGCCGAGGAGGAGUGCCUGGACAUCGACUACGCGGCGGAGAUCGAGGAGAGCUCGCGUUAUGUCUUCAGUCAACGACCGUACUGCCGCAAUACGGCGCUCGCGGUCUGCGGCGGCGAUGGCGAGCAAGGGGAAUUCUGCGGAGUCCGUGAAGAGGAGCAGGAACAGCCGGUGCGUGAACUCCAAUCCCACGUUUUUGUGACACGCGGGGAGCGUGUGCAGCUGCAAGACGACACUUUGUCCCCUAGUGACAGGCGUGCGUCGCUUGUUUUCCUGAUGGGUGAGGCGCGCCGUCGACAUCUCGCGCUUCUCAGCCGCCACGGCGCCUCGGAGGGGAGUGUAAUGGAGGCGAUUCGACAGUGGCGCGCGUUUGCUCGUCGCUUCCUUGACGAACUUGAUCGGUGGGGCCACGAGCACGCGAGGAGGAUGCUGUCUAACAUGUUUCUUUUCGAGUUGCCGGGCAAGAGCUGCAACCUCCUUGACAGCGGUGCUCGCGUAAGGGAGCUGAUACGGAACAAAGAGCGCGUUUUGCAGGAACUACGGGAGCGGAAUCAACUCUUUUUGACGGCCGAGGCCAAUUUGCCACAGAUGGACACUUCCCCUUGCGUUAGCAUGGCGUCAGAGGGGGAAGAGUUGGAGAUGUUUCCCACUGCCGCUGAUUCGCUGAGUUUGAUGGCCAUGGCACAACUGAACGAUCCCUCUUUUGCCAAAUUUCAAGAGGGCAGGGAGGUGGAACUGUGUGAAUUUUUUUCGUUCUCACUUGACACCUCUUUGAAGAGCGGAGAAGGGGCAAGCAGCUCGGACUGCAGCAGCGACACGGACGAGUAUGCGGAUGCGUGCCGCAGCCCACCCAGUACAACUGGGGAUUUGUGGCUUUCUGCGCCCUGUCAAUGA